UAGAGGUUUAGGUUGGGCCUACUAUUAGGCCUAAACCCAAGAGAAGAAAAAACCCAUAAAAGCCCAAAAACAAUUAAUUAUGAUUAAGGUAAUAAUCGAUUACAGUAAGCUUCCGUUUCCCGAGAGAAAUGGUCAACGUGUCAGAACGUAGGAGCGGGAUCAUUCGAAUCACCAUCGUCUCCUUCUGCUACCUCUGUUUUAAUUAAACCCUAAGAUUCUCUCUCACUCUCUGUAAAGCACAAGCAAAUCUAGUUCAUCACUAAAAUACCUAAAAAGGGAAGAAACAAAUCGAUGAAUUCAAAGAUGGUGUUUCAAAAAUUGACCACAACUGAGUCCAGUCCCAACGCUUUAGCUCCCGAAUCGCGUCCACAAUCGCAGAUCGCUGUUUCGAAACCCUCCGCCGCGUCCAAGGACCGUCACACUAAAGUUAACGGAAGAGGCCGUCGUGUUCGUAUGCCAGCUCUCGCCGCCGCUCGGAUUUUCCAGCUGACGCGUGAGCUCGGUCACCGAUCCGACGGAGAAACCAUCGAAUGGCUUCUCAGCCAAGCCGAACCGUCGAUUAUCGCCGCCACGGGCUCCGGUAUCAAUCCUUCCGAGCCGAUUUCAUCCUCGGUGGCGGUUGAUUCCUCGCCGCAGAUGAUGUUCGCGAUGGUUGCGCCGCAAACGCAAACGCAAACGCAGAUGCAAACGCCGAAUUGUCGGCUUGAUCUGUGUCAGCCCAUCGGGAUUCAGUAUCCGGUGAAUGGUUACAGUCACAUGCCGUUCACGGCGAUGCUUUUGCAGCCGAUGGCUACGGCGACGGCGGCGGAGAGUGACGUUGAGAUUGCGGCUGAGGAGAGGAGACAGAGAGAGGCGUUUGAGGAUCGCAGAAACCAUCACCACCACCAGUAAAGUUAAGCUUUUCGUUUUGACGUUUUUAAAUGUAAUCUUUGUAGGUUUCGAGUAUUUUUAAUUAGGAGUGUUAUGUUUUCGGUUUCGGAGAUAACAGAUAAUGUACAAAAAGUUUGAUAACUGGAAGAAAAUGAGGAGACAUUUUGCUACGUGUAAAAUUUCGUCACAUCAUGCUUUUAUUGAUA